GUUAGGUGUUAAAACUGAGAUAAUUAUUCUUUCACUCAAAUGUGACGUUUAGUAUCUGUUCCUCUUGGCCCUGAAGAUACGAACGUGAACCAAUCACAGCGAAUACAGAGACAACCAUGAAGCCGUAAAUCUAGAAGCAGCUCUGAUGUCACCGUAGUUAAGUCAGAGUUCCAGAGAAAGUGAAAUAACUUGAUUUGUGAAUGACUUGAAUCUACAACCGCACAGACGCCGGCUGAAGCGAGCAACCUCUUCAACAGAUCAUUUAUUGAGCCUUUCAGAAACCCUUGUGGACACAGGUAAUGAAGGACACAACUGGUGGAUCCUUCACGGCCUCGAACAUCCCAAGAUAUGUCCUUUGGAGGAUGCAGCUCGGAAUCGAGUCCACUUAGGACUCCUAAGGGAUCAUCUGUGGUGAAUGCCUGAUCAAAAGCUGCUAUUGUGAUAUCUUGUUGUGUGGAUAAUCAGGGUUGCAUUAGCUUGUUGUAACCUGGAGGCUAAUGGUAGAGUGAAAAUAAGUGAAGAACAAUGGCGGAAUCUUCACCAGCAUCAAGAAGAAGAGAAUCCAGGAGACAGAGUCAAAAUGGCUUACAUCCAUCGUUGUCCUCCAGUGACUCACUGAGGAAGCUUCGGUGCUCUAUAUGUGUGAAAGUGUUCACUGAUCCGGUCAGCACUCAAUGUGGACACAUCUUCUGCAAGAGCUGUCUGAAUAAACUCUGGAAAAACAAACAAACCAUCAGCUGUCCAUACUGUGGGAAGACAUUAACACAAAGACCCGAUCCAGAGAAUAAUACCACAUCCAGAGACAUCUCAGAGCAACACCAAGAGAACAGUCCUGAGGAAAAUGCUGAAGUUGUGUGUGACGUCUGUGAGGACAGAAAGCUGAACGCCCUGAAGUCGUGUCUGGUGUGUCAGAGCUCUUACUGUCAGAUUCACUUGGAGCCUCAUUCGAGAGUGGCAGGUUUAAUGAAACACAAACUGAUAGAUCCUGUGAGGAAUCUGGAGGACUAUAUAUGUCAGAAACAUGACAGACCUCUGGAGCUCUUCUGUAGAGAAGAUGACAUGUGUGUGUGUCCGUUCUGUAUUGAAGGAGAUCACAAGGACCACAUCACUGUUCCUAUAGAAGAUGUGAUUAAAGAGAGGAAGAUAGACGUGCAGCAGAAAAUCCAGGAAAAAACUGAGAAGAUUGAAGAAAUCAAAAAAUCAGCCGAAGACAGAAAAAUACACUCAGAGAAGGAGAAAGCAGCUCAUGUGGAGCUCUUCACUGAUCUGAGCCGCUCCAUUGAGAGAUGUCAGACUGAACUGCUGGAGAUGAUGGAGGAGCAGCAGAAAGCAGCAGAGAAACAGGAGGAAGAGCUGAUUGAAGAGCUGGAGAAGGAGAUCACUGAGCUGAAGAUGAGAAACACUGAGCUGCAGCAGCUCUCACACACUGAAGAUCACCUCCACCUCCUACAGAUUUACUCAUCCCUGUGCAGCUCUACAGACACCAGCUUGCCUGAUAUCAAUGCAAAGACUCAUGAGAAUCUGGAGAAUCUGAGGAAAGCCUUCGUCCAACUGAAGGGCAAUAUAGAGGAGAAACUCGAACAAACUCUGUCUGCAGAGCUGAAGUGGGUGCAGAAGCAUGCAGUGGAUGUGACUCUGGAUCCCGAUACAGCUCAUGUUGGACUCAUCCUGUCUAAAGCUGAAAAACAAGUGAGACUUGGAGAAAUGAUACAGAAACUCCCAGACAAACCACAGAGAUUUGAAAAAUGUAUCUGUGUCCUGGGAAAGGAGGGAUUCUCCUCGGGGAGAUUUUAUUUUGAGGUGCAGGUGAAGGGAAAGACUAAAUGGGAUCUAGGAGUGGCCAGAGAAUCUGUAGACAGAAAAGGAGAUAUCAGACUGUGUCCCAGUAAAGGAUUCUGGACUGUGUGGUUGAGGAAUGGGAAUGAAUAUAAGGCUCUCGCCAGUCCUUCUGUCCCUCUUUCUCUGAAAGUCAAGCCGCAGCGGGUCGGUGUGUUUGUGGAUUAUGAGGAGGGUUUGGUCUCCUUUUAUGAUGUGGAGUCCAGCUCUCAUAUCUACUCUUUCACUGGUCAGACUUUCACUGAUAAACUCUAUCCAUAUUUUAACCCAUGUAAUAAUGCUGAUGGUAAAAACUCAGAUCCUUUAAUCAUCACACCUCUAGGAGAUAGUAAAAUAUGAGUUUUCUCAUCAUUAAAAAACAUCAUUGGAACUCAAAGGCACAAAGGCUUUGUAACAUUAUGAAAAUCUCAACAUGAUUGUGUGAAAAGUUUUGAUUUCCUCCCUUAACCUCGUGCUAAAGUAAAGGUAACACUAUUUUCAUCUGAAUAAA